UGUGUCUGUCUUACACAUCAUCCUUAUUUACAAGGGCGUGAUGUGAGCAAAUGCAAAACAUCCAUUGGCUCAGAGGACAACCAAUCAGUGUCAGCGGAGGAACUUCAGAGUGGAACUGCAGGGUUUGGAUUUCAGAGUUGGGAGAGCGAUUUUGGCAUUGACACAAAGAGGACGGUCAACUCUCCCCCUAAAACGCUCUCCCUGCUUUUCUUACAUGCCUGUCCGUCUGUACCCUCUUCUGAGAAACAAUAAGACGCAUUCGAGGCUGCGGGAUGUACACGGCCGGGCUCAACCCGUUUUACGCAUCAAAUUUUAGCCUCUGGUCCGCGUACUGCGCGGGGGGCUUCGCUGUGGAUACCAUGAAAAAGCCGUCGUUUUGCAUCGCUGACAUUUUACAGGCUGGAGAUGCAGAAAACAUCCCGGGAUCGUCGGCCCUCAUGGUGCAUAUGGGACACCACCACCGUGCGCAGCAGGGGCACUCCGGCAGCUCGCCGCUGCGCCCUUCUCCCGUCGCGCCGGAGCCGUCUGUGUACGGGGCGAGGGUGAGUCCGGGGUCCCCUUACCACAGACACGGACUACAGCUAACAUCAGUCUCCAGAACUGCUUUUAACUCCCAACAGGCUCCCCCGCCUUCAAGCAAAGACCUCAAAUUCGGAAUUGAUCGGAUAUUGUCGACAGACUUUGAUCCAAAAGGCAGAGACAAGUCGUCAUUAAGAGAUCUCACGUCCAUCGUUAGCUCGAACCGUCAGUCAGGGAUCCACAUCCCCGUUCAGCCUCCGGCCAGCCAGUACUUCUCCUCCAUAGACCCCGGGAUGAGCGACGCGUCCUCCAUGAUGAGUUCACUAGGCAGCAGCAGCGGCAGCAGCAGCAGGCAAUCAGGCCAGCAUCAGUUUCAGGACACCUUCCCAGGCCCGUAUGCCGUCCUCACUAAAGACACGAUGCCACAGACGUACAAGAGGAAAAGGUCGUGGUCGAGGGCGGUGUUUUCAAACCUGCAGAGAAAAGGACUCGAGAAAAGAUUUGAGAUACAGAAAUAUGUCACCAAGCCAGACAGAAAGCAGCUGGCUGCGAUGCUCGGGCUGACAGACGCUCAGGUCAAAGUGUGGUUCCAGAACAGACGCAUGAAGUGGAGACACUCAAAAGAGGCCCAGGCUCAGAAAGACAAGGACAAGGAGCAGCCGGACAAGAGCGCGUCUGAGUCCGGCAGCAGGGAGCCCAAAGAGCCGGCGGAGUCCGAGUGCGAGAGCGAGGCAGAGGGCAGGAGCGAGUGUGACUCCGACGACGCUCAGGAGGAAAACUCUGACGGACAAUUGGACGUUUCUGAGCUCAACAAAACCAGCGUGAUCAUCAGCGGGAGCGGGCCGGCGAGCAGCGCGCAGGCGGCGGCCACAGACACAGACACGCCGGCCUCACAGAUACUAGUAUGAAGGCAGCCUGAAGGUUUAGUUUGUGGACUGUAACAACGAGUUUUAUUAUUAUUAUUAUUAUUGUUAUCGUUAUUUUGACAGAAGAACGACAGUAAUAUUAAAACGCACCUGGAGUGGCAGCGUUCAUUCAGUAACACAUGAGGUGAGGCCACGUCCCAGACUGCAGCAAUUAGUCAGGCCCCGUUUCAUUCCCGGGAACAAGUGGAGCAUCAAGACUGAAGCCUCUGAUUUGUCCAGCAUGUCAAAUUAUACAAGGAGCAUGUAAGGGCCGGUUCAUUCCUGCCUUUUAUUAGAUUAGUUCUGAAGUUUUCAAUGUCGAUGUGAUGAUGAACACACGAGGCCAUUUCAGCUUAAAUGUAGGACUUCCGGCCACCUCCAGUCUCUCCUUACUGUCGUUUUCCUCUCAAGAGCUUUCGCAUGCAUCAUGUUUUCCUCAUCUGAAGGAAAUAUGCGGUUGUGAAUUUUAAUUCUAGGUUAUGAACCACUCGUCUCACGUGUUCAUGUUUUUUUUUUUUGUUUGUUUUUGUUUUUUUGUCUGGAUAUAUUGUGAUAUUUUGUUAAUAAUUAUUUGCACUGAAAAUAUUGUAAAUAAAAU